AGAUAAGUACACCGACAGAAAAAAAUAUGUGAAAAAUAAGAAAUACUCACUCCAUCAGUAUUAAUGACAUGUUUAUUCGUACUGAUAUGCGUACACUAAAAAAAACAGAUAUUUGAAUUUCAUUAGAACAAUGGGAAGAAACAUAGAAUGUAAAAAACAGAAGAAACGGAAAAUAGAAAAUGAACAGAAAUAAGCUUUACCUUACCUAGACUAACUUUAUACCUCACAAAUGAAUUUUCAAGUAUUUUUUUGCAAUAUAUUUUUACACUAAAAAUAAAUGUAUUUCAAAUGUAUUUCAAAUGAGAAAGUAUAUAUUUCCUUAAAACACGCUGUUGCUUGUUAUAAAAGCAACUGUUUAUACUAUUCAAACAAAAGAAUUUAAAUUUAAGUAAAUAUAUGCCGUCAAUGCUCACCGAAUAAAUAUUUAUUUUUUGAAUAUUUUUUCUCUCCGUGCGUGGAAGAUUUCAUUGGGCGAUCAUUUUGCAUUCGACGGGUUAGAGAUCUGAAUGAGAGAAUCAGUAUUUCGCUACUUUUCGACUUCCAUAUUCGAGUGGAUCGUUCUACAAUGCAUCGCGUUGCGACACACAAUACGCGAGUAGUAUUUCGAGCAUGUCGCGGUAGCAACGUUAGAGACAAGUGAAUGAGAAAGGUAGGGAGAGGGGGGAGGGGGCAAAGAGAGAGAGAGAGAGAUAUGCUCGAUGUUUGGACUAUUACCUCUAAUUGCGUAUGUGCGCUAUUAGUUUCCACAGUAUACCGUGCAAAUAAACCUGCGUAACACAACACGCGCACAUACCGUCGGCUUUAUACGAUAAUGUUAAUCAAGCGUGGGAAAGUGAGGUUUCGCCUUGCACGCGUAUUUCGCGCACCGCGCAGAAAAAUAAAAGCGUAGAGCUCAACUUACGCCGUCCGUCAGUCCAUAGGAUAGGCCUCGCGUGGCGAAAUGCAAAGAGUCGCUAUUAAAACCGCUGAUAAACACGCGAUAAAUACUCCGCGCUUCAGCAGAGCGUGUACGCACUCGCGGGACUCGCCAGGAAAGGCAGACAGAUGAGACCAGUUUCCUAACUCGUUGUAAUAUAAAGAGGUAGCGACUCGAAUGACUUUCGUGCUGUCGAUGAGUCGACUAAAAAUUUCAGUUCCGGUGUCAAUUUGAGCUUGAUUCGUUUCGGCCUGACACCAAUUGGGUCUGAGGUGAAUGAGGUUCAAUUUUCAAUUUGUAAAGAGCGCGGGAAGGAGGGAGGUGGAUAGGCUCGCGGGGAGGGGAGGGCAGGGAGGUAAAAUUUAAUUGAUCGGGUUUAGCGCGCGACGUCGACGCGCAAUAUAAAAGUUCUAUCAAUCCGGCGAUAUCACGGCGUUUCCAUUGGGACACGCGAACAAUUGCUCGUAUGCCGUUUGCAUUGACCGCGUGCACCUUCAAUGGCGUGGAGUGCGCAAACGACGCAUAAUAAUCACGCCGCACCGUGAUCGGGAUUCGAACGAGGGAUUUGCCGAUUAUCAGGGCAAGAAGCAGCUCGCGAUUCAGGAAAGGCAACGGAAACGACGGAGCAGCCGACACAUGUAGCAUUCGGGAAUCGGUAUAAUGAAGCCGUCCGUGAAAAUGGGAGUGAUCGCCUUGAUAGGGAUCUGCGUAGUGUUUUAUCAAUAUCACCUGUCCACCGGCGUUACUUUCGACCAAGUAACGACCUUCAAUACGGACAACUCUGCAGACGACACCGAGGUUUUGCCGAUCGACGAUGAGGGUGAUAACUACAGCAAAGUCUCGAGGCUCACCGAGAAUAUGGUAAACAAUGACAUGAUCAGUCAGGAUUACCCCUCAACUGCCGAGAUUCGGUACGCCGUGUACCGAGUGCAAAUCGCGAAUGGCCUGAGCCCGGAGAUAAGCUCGUUGCUCGUGCAGGAGCUUAUCAACCAGUUAAGCAAGAACGUCUCGGUGACCUCCAGAAAUAAUUCCAAGCUUCCACAAACAUCUCCCACGACGGUGCAUAAGGCGACGUCGCAGUCUCGUCAGUCACCCCCGCCAGAUUCCGAGGAGCACGUCGAGCCUUUGUACAUCAUCACGCCGACAUAUCGAAGACCGGAACAAAUCCCCGAGCUCACGCGGAUGGCUCACACCUUGAUGUUAGUCAAAAACGUGCAUUGGCUCGUUAUCGAGGACGCCACCGUCCCUACCAAGCAAGUCACCAAUCUGUUGACACGCACGGGCCUCAAGUUCGAUCAUUUAAUCGCUCCGAUGCCGGAGAAAUACAAGCUCAAGAAAGGCGCGAAGCCGCGAGGAGUGUCAAACAGAAAUCGCGGCUUGCAGUGGAUACGAGCGAAUGCUACAAAAGGCGUGUUCUACUUCGCCGACGACGACAAUACUUAUGAUAUUGAGCUUUUCAACGAGAUUCGGAAGACGCAGACGGUGUCGAUGUUCCCGGUGGGACUGUGCACCAAGUUCGGACUGAGCUCGCCCAUCCUGAAGAACGGCAAGUUCACCGGAUUUUACGACGGCUGGAUAGCCGGUCGCAAGUUCCCGGUGGACAUGGCUGGGUUCGCCGUGAGCGUCAAGUUCCUGCAGCAGAGGCCGAACGCCAGCAUGCCCUUUCGCGCUGGUUACGAGGAGGACGGCUUCCUGAAAAGCCUGGCGCCGUUCGAGCCGCGCGACGUCCAGCUGCUCGCGGACAAUUGCACUAAAGUGCUCGCCUGGCACACGCAGACGAAGAAGAACGAGCCGAGCGCGCCGCUGGACAUGAAGCUGUACGGCACGACGAAUCUGGUGAAGCUGAAGCAACAGAUAGUAUGAUGUCAGUCGCCAGCCGACUCUUAACGUGAGAAUCUAAUAACCUGAAUCUUGUGAUCCCGCCCCUCCUUCGCACUAGUUCACUAGUGUCACUCCGAGAGAAUUCCUAGGUGCGGAAAACUGUGCGAUUCAGUGCCUAAAGUAUCUACCCCCUCCCUCUCUCUCUCUCUCUCUCUCUCUCUCUCUCUCUCUCUCACUCACGAUGAGAAGAACCGUUAUCUUUAAACAUAGCCGGUAAAACGAUCGUUUUUUAAUCAGCUUUUACAAUCCGCAGCAAAUAGCCCCUCUGAAGACAAUGCGCCCUUGUCUCGAAGAAGGAAGGAUUACCGGGAGAUAGGUGGUUAGGUAGGUAGGUGUUUGUAGGAUUUCGGGGCGGCGUUUCCGUGCGCAAUGACUCGCGGUACGGUAGCGAUUCGAGUUCACAUGUAGAGGAGAGAAUUCGCUACUCCUUCCGUCUUUACUUCUAGGUAUUCUUCUCGCGCAUUCCUUGUUUCAUGCAUGCCACCCACCAAAGCAACGCGAAGAGGGACUGAUUUCGUUCGCUAGUAUUAAAAUAGUCGUUGAUUAGCGGUAUCGGACGAAGAAGUUCGCGUGAAGUCACAAUCGGUCUCCUAAAUAUCCGCCUGCAAUACGCGGAGUAAGCUUGGUGUAUAUGUAUAAGUGCUUGGCAUAUAUGAGUAAGUAAGAAAUAUGUAUAAGUGCUUGGCGUGUAUGUAUAAGAGAUAAAAAUAGUUUAUUUCGCUUACGCCUAGAAAUAAAAGAAAUACUUGCUAUGUAAGGAAGCGGUAGUAUAGGAGGACAUAAGCGAAAUACAUUAUUUUUAUUUCUUAUUCCACACUUAUGUCGAACUUACACCGCGUAUUAUAGACGAACUAUGAAACGUGUACGACGUUACGCAUCCUACGUAAGGUAUCAAUAUGCUUGGGCACUAACAGCACUAGUAACUCUGAACAUUUCGAUUAUUCUGCCCUUUCAACCCGAAUAUUUGAACCUUCAAUCUAGAUUAUACGUGUAUAUAUAUAUAUAUAUAUAUAUAUAUAUAUAUAUAUAUAUAUAUAUAUAUAUAUAUAUAUAUAUUCUACAUUGAAAGUUUAAAUUUCGUUUGUACUUAAAAACCAAAACAAUAAGAAUGUCCAGAGUAAGGUACCAGACGUUAUUUGUGUCGUUUUAAAUCAACGAUCAAAGGAAGGAAACGAGUCACGAGGCUAAGCUUUUCUACUUAUUGUUUCGUCCUAAACCCGUCGGCGAGGAGACUCUUUUUCCGAGUGGAUCUUCUAUUCUAUUCCGUGUUGUAUUCCACGACAGUCUAGUUUACUCCUACACUAGUUCUCGUUCGCGUACGUGACAUCGAGUCAAGAUUACGACACAACCAAAGAUUACGUUUAAGCAGUCACUGCGGAGGUGUUUUCUGCCUUAGGUGAUUCCGCGCGCAUUGAUCGGUCUCCCAUUUAUGAGAAACUCGAUACUAGUCGAUCUGAACGAAGAUUACGAUGCUUCAUGUUUCAACGAUCGUCGCGUUUAAUCCUGCCUCCCGCUUCUUUAUGCGUAUAGCGAACAUAAGCGUUUAUACAAGAGGUAGAGUAGAGAGUUAGAAGGAGUUUCUUGGUAAGAAUUCCUCAUAAUUUCCGAAAAAUUUCAGACGAGAAAAUAGAAAUACGAACGCAAAAAGAAAACAGAGAAUGUUCACAAGCAAAGAAAUAUGAAAUUACAAGUUUGAUACUCUAAAAUUCGCCGGCAUUAAAAGUUACCUUCAGGUCUGCGCGAGUGAAGUUGAAAGUUAUGGUCUACGAGGACUUCCGAUUAAGAGAUACGAAAAAUUCCUUCGAUAGAUGUUCCCCAUCGGGAAACGCGAAGUUGGAAUGCACAAAAUGUGUAUUUCGUCGAAUAUUUCGAACUUAUACAAUCCGCGUAGCCUUCUCUAACGAAUAUCUACGAGAGCAUUCGAUUGCGUUCUUUAUGAGGUUCACGGUGCAGCGCAUCCAUACGAGAAACGAAUAACGAAAUCUGCAGCGUGCAUGUGUAUAACUUGGAUCGCGUUGAAUCGGAAAGCCAGAAAAGUUAAUUUUACGACUGAACGUGUCGGCGGGAAGCGUUCGAGCACGCGACGAGCACCGUCCGAUCGUCGCGAAAUAGGCAUCCUCGUCUGCAUUUGACUGAAUAGGGAUACAUAUUUCAUUUUUGAGUCGCGCUCGUGUUGCCUCUUUAUCAUUUCCGCUUCUGACACGUUAUUUCGUCGCGAUUCGCGCGCGACGAAGUUAUAAAUAGAGAACAAACAGAUUACAAUUAAACAGACGGGCGUUUGCGUUGAUCGACAUACUCGCGCGUAUGAUCGAGAGUGUGUGUGCGUGUAGGAAUUACGAACUUCCUAGAAAUGCAUAAUAUACCUAAGCUAUAUUUGGCUCUUCUUACACGAUAUAGGCUCGCGCGAGUCGUUGUUCUGAGACCCGAUGUCCUUCGGCUAGGACUAAGAGAAUUAGAGUAUAAGAAAAAUACGCGAUCACGAGUGCUAAACAAACCCCCUCCCUCCCUAAAAAAAAAAAGGAAAAUUUGUUUCAAUCGCCUUCAAGACGGCGUCUUUAGAAUCGAGGUUAUAUCGAAUUAUGGUGUACAGUGGAACCUUGAUAAAUCCCGACGCUUCUGUUACUACACAUAUCUCUUAUGAAGUUUUGACCAAUUUUAAAUCGUGAACAAUGUUUAGCUGACUGUUUUGUAAAUAUAACGUUACUUCUAAGUAUCCCGUGUAUUAUUAUAUAAUUUAUAUUUAAAUUGUGAAGGUAAAGAAAGAAAAGAAACACGUAGUAUGUCAUUCUAAAUAAGACGGUUCACAACAAGACAGAACGAUCAUAAAAAAUCUUGAAGAUUUAAAAGUGAAGAUUAAUCGUUGAUAAGAAGAUAUUAAUUGCUUAGUUAGUUCGGGCAUUAGAAGUUCUGCUGUACGAACGCACGGAAAAAAAGUACCAAGAAGGAAACUCGCUUCUAUUUUAUUUUUUUUUAUAACUUUGUAGGUCUAAUAGUACUCUCGAUCGUAACGUGUUUAAAAUUAAUAUCGAAAACUUAUUACGCCAUUAGUUGGAACAGAGAAAAGAAAAGAGUGCAAUGGCUUGUACAACGCCCCUUUCCAAAGUAAUUUUCCUGCGACACAUUGAGUUUUUUUCUCUUUUUUCGAGAAAGAGAAAGAGUGAUCUACCUUAUCUUAUUUAGCGUAUGACGCUUGAUAGCGAUAGACGUAACCAAUUCCAGCACGUGGAUGAUAAUAAUGUAACGCUAGGACGUGAAUUAUAUCGUGUCGCUGUGACACCAAAAAACUCGAGAAGCUCUAUGAUAUAAAAAAAAAA